AUGGAAUCAAUAAAGAGUAAUAAUAAAGGUACAUGUUGGUUUGAUUGGGAUGAAUGGAAGAAUAUUUAUAAUAAAUUAUAUUCAACAGAUGAAAAUGAACAAAGAAAAGCAAUAAAGAGAUUAUCAGCAUGGAGAAGUAGAAAUAAAUUACCAAUAUCAAUUGAAGUUACAGGAUAUUUUGUAGAAUUAAAUUUAAAUAGAAAUUGUAGAUCACAAAAUGAAUUAGAAUUAGGGUUAUCAAUGGCAAUAUCACGUAUGGUAAAUGGAUUUGUUGAUUCAACACGUGAUAUCUUAAAAUUAAAUAAAAUCAAUAUGUUUAAGAAAGCAAAUGAAAUUAAUUUACCAACUAUGUUUGUUGAUAUUAGACAUGAAUCAAGUCAUGGUAAAUUACCACAUUUACAAUUACUAAAACCAAUUUCAAUCACUGCUUUAGAUUGGUUAAAUGAUUACUAUUGGAAACCACAAUUAACUCAUUUACAUUCACAUUUUCAAAAAAUUCGUUCAUUUUUAAAUAUUUAUAAAAUCCAAUCAGAAGAAGAUAAUGGAUUUAUAAGGUAUAUUGAAGAAUCAAUGGAAUUAUUUAAUGAUAUUAGUUCAGAUAUUUUAGGUAAUAUAAUGAUACCAAUUUUAAUUGAUGAAGAUUAUUUAAUUUCAAAUGAAUUUUUACCACAAACAAAUUCAUAUGCACAUAUUCCAAGUCAAUUGAAAAAAAUAUAUCAACCACUUCUUCAAUUCCUUCAUUCGAAAUAUCCUCAUUUCUUAAUUAUUAUUCUUUAUCUUUUAAUUGAUAGAAUUUGUAAAUUUAAAUUUUUACCACCACAAUCAAAAAAACAAAAAUCAACUCCAAUUCCAUUAAAUGAUAAUCAAAUUAUUGAAAGUAAAAUUUCAUUAAUGACACAUUGGACAUUAUAUUUUUUACAAGAAUUUAAUAUUACAGUUAAAAAACAAGAAGGUUUAGUUAAUUAUAAAAUCGAUUUACCAUAUAGACAUAUAUUAGAGAAAUGUAUUGAAAAUAUUCAUUCAAAAUAUUGUCAAAAGAUUUUAAAUGUUGCAAUGAAGAAAAAUUUAGAUGGAAGUAAAAGAGUAUAUACAACAGCAACAAAUAAAAAAAAGAAUAAAUUAAAUUCAGCAACUAUUUCAAAUUUGGACUCAACUGAUUUAGAUUUAGAUCCUGAUGAAAAAAUAAAUGAUUCUGGUGAACCUCAAAUAAACUAUUCAGUCGAUCAAGUUUUAUCAAAUUUAAAUAGUAAUAAUAAUAGUAGUGAUAUUAAAAAUUUAUCAACAUCAACUUCAACUUCAAAAUCAACAAAGUGGAAAUUGCAAAAUCAAUGGAUUUCCUCACCAAUUGGUGUAUUACCACCUCCAAAUGAUCAAAAUUCUUCAACUUUUGAUUUGUUGGAUGACUUGGAUGAUAAUUUAGAUCUUGGUAAUUUCGUUGAAGUUUCUUCAGUAGAUUAUACCACUAAAGAUCCAUCAUUACACAAUAGUCAAUCUUUAUUUUCAAAAAUUAAAAAUAUAUAUCCAAAUUUAAAUAAGAAUUCAAUCAUAAGAAAAGAAUUUGUAAAUGAAAUUAAAAAUGAAAAAGAAAAUGAAAAAGAAAAAGAAAAUAAAAAUGAAAAAGAAAAUAAAAAUGAAAAUGAAAAUGAAAAGAAUAAAGAUGAAAAUGAAAACAACAAAGAUGAAAAUGAAAAGAAUGAAGAAGAUGAUGAUGUAAUUGAAAUACCCCAACCAAUUUUAAAAAAACAAAAAACCUCAACAACUUCAAGUGUUCCAAAAAAAAACCAACAAAAAGGAAAAACAAAAGGAAAAAGUAAUGCUUUAGAUGACUUUUUAUUUUGGAAAUAA